GUGUUUGUGUUCACGACAGUUUGCCACAGCAGCUUCAGUUUCCGAUAGCAUCAUGGCGGCGUACAGAAGCAGUUUUGAAAGUGUGAAGAGUAUCGAAGAGAGAAGGGAGUUUAAAAGGCAAACGAGAGAAGAGAUUGUGGAAAAGGCGAAAGAAGAGUACGAGAAAGCGGAGAGACGCAAGGAGCUCAAACGGGCACGUGGGGAGGACACGUGGAUGCUUCCCGAUGUGGACUUGAGGCUCAAAGAGUUAGAGGAGGAACAGUCAGGCACUGGAAAGAAGAAGAAGAAGAAAGAGAAAAAAUCCAAAAAGACUAAAAAAGAAAAGAAGAAGAAAGACAAAAAGGAGAGGAAGGCAAAAGGUGAUGACUCUGAUGACAGUUCUGCAGAUUCAGAAGAUGAAUGGGUGGAAGCAGAGGAUGUCCCUCAGCUGGGGAGUGCUGAUAAAUCUUGGAAGGUUCAAAAAGAAAAGUCUGAUUUGGCAGAAAACAGCGCCCCCAAACAGAGAGACGAAUGGAUGACGUUUGAUUUCCUAACCAUGAAAACUGUGUCAACCACAGCCCUGCGAGCUGAGAAGGAGAAAGAAAAAGAGGCAGAGAAAGAGAGGGUGCAGGCAAUCGAACAGGCUGGACUUCACAAAAGGGAACUGAACCCAUAUUGGAAAGAUGGUGGCUCUGGACUCCCUUCGAUGGAAAGCAACAGAGAAUCAUUUAAAAAAGCUGCAAUAGUAGAUGAUGGGGGGCUGAGCUGGCUCCGAAAAUCUUAUCAGCGCAUGAAGGAGCAGGCCGAGAGGGACAAGCGCAGUCUUGACGAUGUGGUAGCAGAGAGAUAUGGGUCUAUGGAGCAAUUCCAAAGGAGACUGGAAGCAGCAGAAAAAGCAGCAUUCGGUAACUCUCAGAAAGGAAGAGAUAGGGAAUACGGGAGAGAGCGCUGGAGGAAACCUGGCCCCAGGGAUUCAGUGCGAGAUGAUCCAUUGGAGAGGGGGUCCAUCAGGGUUAGAGGUGGACAUCACAGUAGCUAUGGAAAGGAAGAGUAUGAAAAGAAAGCAUUAGACUCGCGGCCUGAUAGAGAACAUUUUAAAUUCCGAAACAGCAGGCCAGAAGAAAGUGACAGAAGAUCCCAAAAGCCAGGUAACGAGUCCAGAUUGAGAGAGAGCCCCAGGCCAUCUAGAAGCUGUGAAGAACCUUCCAUUCCACAAAGCAGCUCCAAGGAUACAUUUCUGAAGCCUUUGGAGAUGGAAGAUACGGCAAGUGCUAAUUGGUGCUCCAAAGUAGAACGCUCCCCUGCUCCACCACCCCGUAGCUCCUUGGGCUUCCGGAAACCUGCUGAUGAUGACAACGGGAUCUCCUGGAGAAAGGACUCCAGAGAGUCAGUGUUAGACAAGACUUCUGAAAGACAAGCCGCAUCAGACAGCACUUCAGAAGAAGACUGGAAAGCUAGACCAGAUCAAGGAGGAGCCCCAAAAUCUAAAGGAUCGACACCACAGAGAGAGCAGAAAGAGUGUAGCCUUGCACAGAUUACGUCUCAGGAAAGAAAAAGCCAGUUGCCCUCCUCUAGUGCCAGCGUGGCUCCCUGCAGAACACCUGUUAAGGAAUACAAAGAGGAAGAGGAGGCUGAUCAUAUCCUCAGUGAGGAGGAAAUGAAUCGUAUUGGGGCCAAACUCGUCAAGGCAGAACUUAUGGGAAACACGGAUCUGGCUUGUAAGCUUAAAGCCCAACUGGAUGCGGCUCGAAAAGUGAAGGAGAAUCUAGCGCAAAACAACCCAGCUGCUUCUGUGCCAAGGAAAUUGGAGACUAAGGCUGCCGGACGAGAGGAGGAGGAGGUGGUUCUGUUCAGGACGGAUCAGUCCGGUAGAGCUUGGCCCGUCAACGCCCCCACAGAACUUCUGGAGCCCAAGGGAGGACGGCGCAAGAAGCAGCUGGUUGAAACCCAUAGGGAUGGCGAGAGGGUUCGGUAUUUCCAGGACGAUGAUAAUGUUGAUCUUCAGGAGAUGGUGAAGAGGGAGAAGAUGGGAACAGCCGAGGAUCAGAACGUUCUGUAUUCUCGAAUGGCAUCAAAGCUCAUGGGAAAGACAGAUGGAGAUAACUAUACCCUGGAUGACAUGUUUGUCUCCAGCGCUGCCAAGAAGGAGCGUUCUGGGCAAGAGGAGGAGAGACAAAGACAGAAAGCCAUUCAGGAGCACAGACGGCUGGCAGGACGCAUGGAGAAAUGCCACUUCUGCUUUGAUAACCCAGAACUGCCCAAACAUCUCAUCAUCGCCAUUGGCACAAAGGUAUACCUAUGUCUGCCGAACUGCAAGUCACUGGCAGAGGGUCACUGUUUGAUAGCACCACUGCACCACCACACUUCUGCAACAACAUUGGAUGAGGACAUCUGGCAAGAAACCCAAAUGUUCCGGAGAGCCUUAGUGAAGAUGUUUGAAGAUCAAGGGCAAGACUGUGUGUUCCUGGAGACACACAUGAACCCAAAGAAGCGACACCACAUGGUCUACGAGUGCAUUCCUCUGCCGAGGGAAGUGGGGGACAUGGCUCCAAUCUAUUUCAAGAAAGCUAUAAUGGAAUCUGAUGAAGAGUGGGCUAUGAAUAAGAAGCUGAUUGACCUUUCUUCGAGGGACGUGCGCAGGGCUGUUCCUAAAGGACUUCCCUAUUUCUCUGUGGAUUUCGGGCUUCAAGGAGGAUACGCUCAUGUGAUUGAAAACGAGCACAAGUUCCCUCAUUAUUUUGGCAAGGAAAUAAUUGGCGGUAUGCUUGACCUGGAACCAAGAUGUUGGAGAAAACCCUUCCGAGAAAAUUUUGAUGACCAGCGGAAGAAAGUCCUGCAGUUUGCCCAAUGGUGGAAGCCUUUUGACUGCACUAAAAAUCAAGAUUAAUGUCUUCAGGGAAGCAGAACCAGAUAUUAUUGUCCUUUUUAAAGGUCAUUUAGUUAUCUAUUGCAAAUGUUUUGAAAGUGUCUUAAAUAUAUCUUACUGUAGGAUAAAGAACCAUGUAUUCAAAACCUGAUUCACUGAGGUUUGCUAAAUUGCGUUACUACAGGAUUUUGAAAAAGUUAUAUGACAAUAUGUAAGCUCUGAAAACAAAUGCUAGUCACUCCAUGGUUCUUCUUCAUACCUGUGAUUUUUCAGUUUCCUUUUAGUACUACUGUAAAGUGUAUUUCAUGAGUUUCAAUUAAGAACGAAUAAUAACGUUUUCAUUAUGGAGAAUGUAGUUCUACCUACGAUUUCAAAAGCCCUUAAAGAAUAUUACUUGUGGUUUGCAUGUAUUAUUUUCUCUUUCUGGUCCACUAUUGCCCAGCUUUCUUUUUCGAGUUAUUUAAGCAACCUCACCUGAGCAACACUUGAAAGCUGUGGUUAUAGGAACACAAGUGUUCAAUGUCCUGAAUGACAGCCAGGUUUGCUUUUAAUGGAUGUUUUGCAUUUCUUUUAAAUUACCUUUUGUGAGUUAUUUUGUAAGUAAACUGAUGACUUCUUUUUAAUCUUUCAUUUUAAUUGCCAUUGGUAAUUUUUCUAAAACUGAAAUUGGUUAAA